CUGAAGUUGCAUCCUCUUCUGCUGAUCGUGUUUAAUCUGCACUUCCUGUAGAAUCCCACUCCUGAUUUCAGUUUGAAAGGCAACGGCUUGCUUAGGAUUAUUUAUUUAUUUUUUUAAUAAAGCAUAAAGUGAUGGAUGUGUGGGUUUAGCAUGCAUUACAGUACUAAUAAUCAAGUUGUAAGAGUUGGGUGAAGAGCAGAAACUCUCACUGCAGCAGACAGAUGGCACUGAAGAAGAAUUCUGCCAAACUUAGAGAGAAGGAGGAGGAAAAGAUGACAUGAUUAAUAAACUGAAUGCGUACUUAAGCCCAGGCCACACUGCAAGAUUUAUAUCGUCUGAACCGAUGUUGAUAUGAUGAUGACAGAUUUCACAGAUUGUUCUCAUGGAUCAUCCUUCAGUUGUCAGACUCCUCCUACACGACAAGAAUAAACACACCACACACUUUCAGAUUAGGAGUCCUGACAAAUCGGGGGCGGUGGUGGCUCAAGUGGUUAAGGCUCUGGGUUGUUGACUGGAAGAUCGGGGGUUCAAGCUCCAGCACCGCCAACUUGCCACCGUUAGGCCCUUGAGCAAGGCCCUUAACCCUCUCUCCUCCAGGGGUGCUGUAUCAUGGCUGACCCUGCGCUCUGACCACAACCUUCAAGGAUGGGAUAUGCAAAGAUAUACAUUACAGCACAGUGAAAUUCUGUGUGACAAAUAAAGGCCAUUUCUAAAUCAGGCCAAAUCUGUAAACCUGCAAUGUUGGAGACUUUCUCGAGAACAAAUAUCUUCUGAUAAAAUAUCGGACGAAUUUGCACUGUGAAUUACAAACAUUUUAAGGAUUUCUUUUCUCGUUAACCCCACCACGCCCACUGGACACAAAGCCCCGCCCCUUGGAAUCACUGGUGGCUGGCAGAUUUCAUACAAGAUACAAACCCUAGUUAGUUAAAAACCCUGAAACACCAAAUAAUUUCUUCACUCUGUCGUUUCGUUACGUUUGUUUUCUAAAACAAAAAGCAACACACAAGUCAAAUCAACGUAUUAUUCUAUGUGAAUGAAGAAACGGGUUCGAUAUUCCCAGCCUGUGCUACAUAUUCCAGCACUCAAAAGUCUUGUAAAAAUAUUUCUAAUAUGCGUGUUAUGGCCCUUUAUCACCGUCCUUAAAAAGAAUUACUGACCUAGUAUACAAAUUCUCCAAAAUGCACAUUGAUAUUAAAUAUUGCUCACAUAUCGUACGUAGCAGAGUUUCUUCUGUGUAUAGUUUUAAUGAGAUUUUUGGAAUUUAUUAUAAAUGAAAUAAGUACAAAUGUCAGGGAAUGUCAAAACAUCUCCGGGAUCCAAAAAAACUACCCCAAACUCCUGCGAAUUAAUGAUCCGUUUACUUGAACAGGAGUAAAGUAGCUAGAUAACUUUAUCACAUUUACGGUCAGUCAGUUUGUCCGCAGCGUCCUGGUUUUCCGCACGAAUAUAGUGGCUAUGUGUUUUAAAGCUUUUUGUUUUUUCAAAAGCGUGUAAUCAUGAUGGGAUGUCUAUAGCAUGACUGAUGGGAGAGAUGUAAAUAAAAUCCAGGAGAGUUGAACAUGUCGAGGUUGUCGGUAACAGGCAGCAGCCCGAGUCUGAGCAGUGGCUCUGCUGGAGGAGAACUUCCUCAAAGUGCAGACGGUCCGGCCAGCAGGGUGGUCAGCUGGGCCGUGUGCUUCGAACGCCUGUUGGAGGACCCGGUCGGAGUGCGAUAUUUUACCGCGUUUCUCAAAUCAGAGGUGAGUGCUGAGAACAUCCUCUUCUGGCAGGCCUGUGAGAAGUUCCAGAAGAUUCCACCUACUAAUCUGAAUGAGCUGAAGAAGCAAGCUCGCUCAAUCUACGACCUGUAUCUAUCUGAGAGCUCCUUCAGCGCCGUGAACAUAGACGACACGGCACGCAUUAACGAAAGUGACCUGGACAAACCAACACCAGAAAUGUUUAGCAAAGCCCAGCAACAGAUCUAUAAGCUGAUGAAGUUUGAUAGUUAUGCACGAUUCGUGCGCUCUACACUCUAUCAGAACUGCAUGCUGGCCAGUGUGGAAGGACGACCGCUGCCUGACCUCGAGCCUCAAAAUAAGGCCAUCACUCCAACCAGUGACAGGAAGAACACAAGCGUGAAAACGCCAUCGUCUGACAGCAAAUCCAACAAAAGGAAGAAGCUUGAGAAGAGAGGUUCAUGGGGAGACAUGUCUUACCGGCAGGUCACAGUGUCGAGGCAGGAGUCUCAGAUCUCUGUGAAAUCCAGCAGCAGUGUGGAGUUGGGGUCACUAUCUAACAGAUUAGAGGACGGCUGCUCGAGUCCUGAAGGUUCAGAUCCGAACCCGCCUGCUCGAGUGGAUAAAUACUGCUGUGUGUUUUUGCCUGACGGCACAGCCAGCCUGGCGCCGGCUCGAGCCGGUCUGACUCUGCGAGACAUGCUGAGUGGCCUGUGUGAGAAAAGAGGCUUCCCCAUGAAAGACAUCGUGAUCUACCUCCAGGGCAAGGAUAAGAAUUUGUGCCUGAGGCAACAGCCUCUCUCGUUGGACCAGGACAGUUCUGUCCUGCAGGAUCAGCAGGUCUCCCUGGAACUCAGAAUAGCAUUUACGUUGGAGAUAGUGUUCACAGAAAAGACGAUAGGCAUCAUGGCCAAAUCGAGUAAGACUCUGGGAGACGCUGUUUACUCCGUCCUGCAGAAGCACCAGCUCCAACCACAGGAUGCUGUCAUUACCCUGAGUGGAUCAAAAGAACCCUUGAACAUGGACACCACCGUAUUGCGCCUGGCUAACAAGACACUCUGUCUGGAUAGAGUCAAAAGUUCAGGCGGUGGCGAAGUCAAGGGAAAUCCAGCUGUAGACCGAAGCCGAACAGGCACCAAGCCCAAAAACGAGAUGGACGGUCUGGUGGAGAUGCUGACCCGCGUGCAGUGCAGCCGAGCCGACGACCAGCGUGGUUUAUUAACCAAAGAACAACUGGAGCUGCCCUCAUUCUUACAGAUUCCCGCAGAGCAAAGUGGAGGAGGAGAGGGAAAGAGUGAACAGCGGGACCCUGAGAGCUGCUCGAGCAAGCACAAGAAAGCUGCGACUGAGAAGCCCUGCGUUAACGGAAAUCAUAAAGACUCUAAUGGAGAGAAGAAGAAAAGAGAACAGAGUGUGCGUGCAAGCUCUGCCGAUGGGACGACACUUUGAGUGUGUGUGGGUGGGUGUGUACAUUGUAUGUGUGGACCAGGCUUUAUAUCUAUCAUAUCCCCCCCCCAAACAAGUUAUUCAGUAUGGAUGCUGUAUUAACAAUAGAAAAACAAAAAGCAGCAAAGAGAACUAAGUGCAGAGACAUGUGGAUAUCAGUAUUGUGUAUUUAUUUUUUGUCCUUUAGUUGGUUUAGCAUUAUGAACAAGCAUGCUCGUAAAAUAUUUAUUUAGUGUCAUGCACUUCGAUGCACUUGCACAUGCUUUAUAUGAAAUUUUUAUUCACAUGAAUUUUUCACUGGAAUGAAUUUGUCCUGAAAGAAAAGGAAUGCACUCUUUGUAAUAGUAAGAUUUGUGCUGAAUGUGUCUAUUUUGUUCUCUGCACUGUUUACUUUGCUCUUUAGAUCUAAUUCAGCCUGAUGCUGGAAGAUGAGCUGUGAAUGAUCUCCAUGUUUAAUUAAUUCAUAAGCUACACUCACUCUUACUCGGAGGUCUUGAUUAAAAGGGGGAGUACCUGUUUAAAGAAAAUUAUAUCUGAACAAAGGCGGGGAAAUGUCUGUGUUUAAAAGCUCAAGUAAAAAGUAAACAGUUUAAACUGAA